AUGCGCAACUACAACAAUUUCAAUCGUGUCUGGAAGGCGCCGCGCCGCCCGUUCGAGAAGGAACGCCUCGACCGAGAGAUGAAGCUGUGCGGCCAGUACGGCCUGCGAUGCAAGCGUGAGAUUUGGCGUGUGAACAUGACGCUUUCCAAGAUGCGCCGUACGGCCCGUCUGCUGCUGACGCUGCCUGAGAACCACCCGCGCCGUCAGCUGGAGGGUUCCGCCAUCAUGCGCCGCUGCCACGACUAUGGCUUCCUUGAGGAGGAGAAGGACAAGCUCGAUUACGUUCUUUCCCUCACCGUCCCCGACAUUCUGGAGCGUCGACUGCAGACCGUGGUGUUCAAGCACGGCCUUGCCAAGUCCGUGCACCACGCCCGUGUUCUCAUUCUGCAGCGCCACAUUGCUGUGGCCAAGCAGAUUGUGACAAUCCCGUCGUUCAUCGUCCGCGUGAGCUCUGAGCACCACAUUGCCUUCGCUGAUGCCUCACCGUUCGGCAACGGCCGCGCGGGACGCGUGAAGCGGGUGAAGAGGAAGGCGGCCAAGAAGACUGCUGCCGGCGGUGACGACGACGAAUAA